UACUACUUUACCGACCGUUCGUUAUCGAUAGUCACUCAAGAGUGCCGGCGUUUAUUUACAGCGAAAAUUUUGUUUAUAUCCGAAAAAAUAAUAACCAGCCAUUAUGCGCGACGAAAUCCUGGACCCCAGCAACCUGGUCAAGAACCGGGAGAUUCUCUACCGCCUGAUGAUCAGCCAGCUAAUGUACGACGGUCUGGAGAAGUUUGCCAUGGAGCUGUCCAUGCUGGUGAAGGCGGAUCAGUGUGCUCCUAGCGAGCGCCUCCUCCACGUGAUGAUCGCCGGCAUGCAGACGCUGAGCGACAAGGACAAAACCCAAUCGGACGACGUGCUGCCGGGCAUUGAUCUGGAGUUCGAGCCGGAGGCUUCGGCACUGGCGCCGGAGCCGCAUUCCUACGAAACUGCCUACGUGACGUCGCACAAGCAAGCCUGUCGUGCGGGAGCCUUCAGCUACGACGGCUCCCUGGUGGCCACCGGCAGUGUGGACGCUAGCAUCAAGAUUCUGGACGUGGAACGGAUGCUAGCCAAGUCGGCGCCCGAAGAUAUUGAGCCUGGUCGCGAGCAGCAGGGUCAUCCGGUCAUACGAACGCUGUACGAUCACACGGACGAGGUGUCCUACCUGGAAUUCCAUCCCAAGGAGCACAUCCUGGCCUCGGCUUCGCGCGACGGCACCGUCAAGCUGUUCGAUAUCGCCAAGCCAUCGGUGAAGAAGGCCCACAAGGUGUUCACCGACUGCGAGCCGGUGCUGUGCCUCUCCUUCCACCCCACCGGCGACUACAUAGCCAUUGGGACGGAGCACAACGUACUGCGCGUGUACGAUGUGCACACCACGCAGUGCUUCGUCAGCGCCAUUCCCUCACAGCAGCACAAGGCGGGCGUGACCUGCGUGAAGUACUCGCCCACCGCAAAGCUGUAUGCCACGGGCAGCUACGACGGCGACAUCAAGGUCUGGGACGGCAUCAGCGGGCGUUGCAUCAACACCAUUGCCGAGGCGCAUGGCGGAGCGGCCAUUUGUUCGCUGGAGUUUACCCGGAACGGAAAGUAUCUCCUCUCCUCCGGCAUGGAUUCCCUUGUCUAUCUGUGGGAACUCUGCACCAGCCGCCCGAUCCAGACGUACACGGGUGCUGGAACCACUGGCAAGCAGGAGCACCAAACAGAAGCCGUGUUCAACCACACCGAGGACUAUGUCCUCUUUCCGGACGAGGCCACCACGUCGCUGUGCUCGUGGAAUUCGCGAAAUGGCUGCCGUUUGACCCUCAACUCUCUGGGCCACAACGGGCCGGUGCGUUACAUCACCCAUUCACCGAAUGCACCUGCCUUUCUCACCUGCUCCGAUGACUUUCGGGCUCGGUUCUGGUACCGCAGGGCCAAUAAUCAGUAGAUUUAUAGCUUAAGAUAUAUGCGUGCUGAUAAAUGCAAUAAAUGUUAGGGAACAUAAUAUCUAAAGUUUAUAUGGUUUUCAAGUUAAGUGAUGUAAUUCUUUCAGUAAAAAUUCUCUUUAUUUAAUGAACUCAAUUCUCUUCGCGAAGAGUUACGGCUAGAAGACUUGUCCAACUAAAAUAUCUAAAAGGUUGAGCGCAUAUUCUGUGAGUGAGUUGUAAGUCGUAGUUGUUGCGUUAAGUAAUCGGUUGUUGUUAAAGUCAUAUAUCAUAUAUCAUAAUACAUAAUUCCGUAUAAAUAUCAGUUAAUUUCUUCUUCACUGGAAGUCCAUUGCGCAUUUUGUUGCUUGGAUCGCUGGCCUUAAGGAUAUAAAUUAAUAGAUUAAUUAGAGCCUAGUUAAGUAAAUUAAGUGUUUAAGUUUACAACAUUUUGUGUUGGGGGUAGGCAACCUUUGCAGAUCUCGGCUCCGCCCCAACUCGUUUUGAUGAUUGCACAAAUAGCCAAAUACAUUUGAAUUUCAGCUUGUUGCCAAGGAAAUUGAACAAAAUAAUUAUACUACGGACUUUGAGUAUUAAACAAAACUAAACAAUACAUGUGUA